AUGCCUAACAAAUGUUUUGUUCCUGCAUGUAAAUCUGGCUAUUUGAGCAAUACUAAAAAAUUAAAAGCAGAAGGGAAGAAUGAACCACCCAUGUUCCAUCCACCACAAAAAAUCAAUUAUAAAAUCGACGAAAACAGCGAUAACGACCUCCAUAAAAAUGAUCUAAAUAUUAAGACUCUUGAAACCUGUAUACCUUCUUCAUCUUUUACUUCGGUUGAUAUAAGAAUUAAUGACAUAACAUAUUUUGUUAACCAUGUAUUGUCUCAUAGUGAAAUUCAUACAGUUAUAAAUAGUAUAUGGACACCAGAUAUAACGUUUAAUUUUCCUAUACAUAAAAACUUCGAUAAAAAUAAAAAAGGGCAAACGAGCAAAUUUCAAUUCAAUUGGUUAUUAAGAUGGCGAUGGUUAGCAUACUCAGAAAAAGAAGAUGGUGCAUUUUGUAGACUUUGUGUUGCUUUUUCAAAAUCUGAAGGUGGAAUAAAUGGCCAGAAACUUGGUGCUUUGGUAUUAAACAAAUUUGAUAAUUGGAAACACGCUAUAGAAACAUUUACUAAACAUGAUAAACUAAAUUAUCAUAUUAAAAGUGUAAUAGACACCGAUAACUUUUUAAAAAUGAGAAAUAAUCCAAGUAUAUCCAUUGAAAAUCAAUUAGAUACAGCCCGUAGUAAACAAGUAAAUGAAAACAGAAUAAAUAUUUUACCUAUAAUUGAAGUUAUUAUUUUAUGUGGUCGUCAAGAGCUUGCAAUACGAGGACAUAGAGAUUUUGGUAAAAUCAAUGUAGAAACAAUGCAAACUACAAAUGAAGGAAACUUUAGGGAACUAUUGCGGUAUAGAGCUCGUGGUGAUCUAAAGCUUAAAACAUUUCUUGAAGGUCCAGGUGAACGAAAUAAAUAUAUUAGUCCUACUAGCCAAAAUGCUAUUAUUGAUUGUUGCAACACGGUAAUACUUAAUAAAAUUGUAGCUAAAAUAAAUAAAGCAAAGUGUUUCACUGUCCUUGCUGACGAAACCGCCGAUGUAUCUGGUAUAGAGCAAGUGUCUUUAUGUGCUAAAUAUGUUGAUAUAGAUGAAUUAGUUGUCAGAGAAGAUUUUUUGCAAUUUGUUCCUACAAACGAUUUAACUGGCAAAGGCUUAGCAACUCUUAUUAUUGAAAAUUUAAAGGCGUUCGGGAUAGAACUUAAGUAUUUACGUGGACAGGGGUACGAUGGGGCUGCAGCUAUGUCUGGACAAUUUAAUGGUGUUAGGUCACAUAUUUCUCAAUUGUAUCCGAUGGCAACUUAUGUUCACUGUACAGCACACACCCUUAACUUGGCAGUAUCUAAAUCUUGUACAAUACAACCAAUUAGAAACUGCUUGGGUACGAUUGGAAAAUCACGAGAUUUCUUUGUAUACCCCAAACGAAAAAAUAUACUUUUACAAGCAAUCGAAGACUUUAAUGGAACAAUUAAUGCAAAAACAUUAAAACGCAACUGUGCUACAAGAUGGAUCGAACGUUUUCAUUCAGUUCACGAUUUUAUCGAACUUUUGGAAUGUGUCGUUGAUUCCUUAGACACUAUUAGUAGUUGGGCCGAUGGUGAUACCUCAAGUCAAUUGGAUUGCCACUAUCUAAACAAUUCCAAAGCGUUGCCAUUGAUUUAA